ACCUAGUGCUUAUUUUAUAACCUACGUAAUAUAUUUUUAAGCUCGCCAUUUAUGUUUUGCAAUAUACAGAAUGCCUAAGAAAAUAGUAAAUAAGUCUGUUGCGUGGAUUGGUGAUGAAAUUGUUACUGAUCAAAAAUCCUCGAUAACUUUUCGACAUUACGAAAAGUUUCAAUUCAAAAAUAUUGUGGGUGAAAUUGGUGAUUUCGUGCUAGUUUCAAAUGCUGAUUCUGCGGAGCCGGAUACGGAGGCAGGAUGCGAUGCGGCCCAAAUACUAGCGCUCUACGAAGACACCACUAACAAGAACGAUCCGUUCAGAGCCAAGGUUCAGUGGUACUCCAAGCCUGCAGAUGUACCAAAAUCUUGUUUCAGUAAUGCUGAGCCCAUUGAAUUCCUUGAUAAAGAAGUAUUGGAGGACAACAGACCGUUUGACACCGAUGUGUCAAUAGAAACAUUCUUCAAAAAAUGCUCCAUCACCCUUACUUUUACCAAAGACACCGAUGUAGACUUAACGUCUCCAUACCAUUACAUUUGUCGGUAUAGAUUGGUAGCUGUAAGCAAACGAAAAGUCCAAGUUGAACCAGUCUUGGAACAAGAACGUAAAGCGUUACAGUUACUCAGCACACCAGCAAAGUCUACUCCGUCAAGAACACCAAAAACGCCAAGUAGUCUUGUGAAACGAAUGAGCAGAGUAUCAAUUUCUGAGCAAAAGAAUUGGAGUGUAAGCAAGAAUGACGGCACUAAACUGUUGCUCAAAAGAGCUAUUUUAGCUGAUAAAAAUGAAAAAGACUCACCAAAAAAAUUAACUCCCAAACCCACCCCUAAAAAGACUGAAACUCCUCGAAGUUCAAGUAAACUAACUAGGAAUAACAUAGAAGAUUUAUUAUCUAUGGAACUACAAGAGAAUUCUGAUGAAGAGCUACCAACUUUAAUCAUCAGACAGCACGUGGUGACAACACCGAAAAGAAAAACAUCUGUAGCUAAACCUAUUGAAGAAACACCAAGAAAAGUGUUAGAUUUUGAUGAUGAUGAAAAGGAAGCUUAUUCAACAAGGUCUGGGAGAGUUUCUAAAAUCCCAGUGAACUAUGUAGAAAUGGAAUUAUCUCCAGUUAAGAAGACCCCUACAAGAACUCCUAGAGCUGUAAAAGCUCCAGUAAAUUAUGCCGAACUAGAAACUUCUCCAGUUAAACAUACACCAAGGAAAUCCAUUCGUAAACUGAUUGAUGACAUUGAUGAUGACUUUAAUGUGCCCGCUCCUAAGACUCCUCGUACACCUAAGACCCCCAGGACCCCUAGAGUCACUCCAGGAAAGACACCUAAAAGACGAAUUGUCAGUCAGUUGACUCCAACUAUUCGGUCUAGAGCACAUUCUGUAGAUACAAUAAAUGAAUACUUGCAGGACAAUAAAUCACUGCCGGGCAGAGAGUCUCAACUUGCAGAAAUAUUGGCAUUUGUGAGGAGCAAACUGCUAGAUGCCACCAGCGGAUGCAUGUACAUCUCUGGAGUCCCAGGUACAGGCAAGACGGCGACAGUGUGUUCUGCGCUGGACAUCCUCAAGGAGGAGGCGGACCUGCCCGCCUUCCAGCUGGUGGAGGUCAACGGGAUGAAGAUCGCAGAGCCCCGGCAGGCCUAUGUGCAGAUCUAUAAGCAACUUACUGGUAAAUCUGUUGUAUGGGAGCAGGCAUGUUCUCUGCUGGAGAAGCGAUUCACAAACCCUGGACCUAGAAGAACCCCAACUGUAUUACUUGUGGACGAGCUAGACGCCCUGUGCACGCGUCGCCAGGACGUACUAUACAGCAUAAUGGAGUGGGCAGCACACGACUCGGCGCUGCUGACGGUCCUCGCGGUGGCCAACACCAUGGACCUGCCCGAGCGGGCGCUGGCGGCGCGCGUCGCCUCGCGCCUGGGCCUCACGCGGCUCACCUUCCCGCCCUACACGCACACGCAGCUGCAAACCAUCGUGGCCACGAGGCUGCAAGGCGCGACAGUCACUGCUGAUGCUGUUCAGCUCAUCGCCAGGAAAGUAGCAGCAGUGUCUGGCGACGCACGGCGAGCGCUGGCGCUGUGCUCGCGGGCGCUGGAGCUGGCGGCCGCGGAGGGCGGGGCGGGCGCGGGGGGCGGGGCGGGCGCGGGGCUGCAGCACGUGCAGCGCGCGCUGGGCGAGGCGGCCGCGGGCGCCGCCGUGCGCGCCAUACAGAGCUGCGCGCCCGCCGAGCGGCUCAUGCUGCGGGCCGUGGCCGCAGAGGUCGAAAGAACCGGUUCAGACGAGACGACUCUCUCCAGAGCCCUACAGACGGCGGCGGCCAUCGUGGCUCUAGACGGGCGGCCGUACCGCGCCGCGACGCAGAUCCGCGCCCCGACAGCCUCACAGGCGUUAGCCAUAUGCGCCCAGUUAGCCGCCAGUCGACUGCUGCUUCUAGAACCUAAGCCCGCUGAGCCUAGGCUAUUGUUGAAUGUCAGCGUCGAUGACGUCCAUUAUGCUACAAGGCAGAUUACUGUUUGAUUCUUUUGCAUUAAAGACUGGUUUAUCAAACAGCGAUGAAAGAAAGGUCUGCCUGCGUGUAGUAACUGCAUUGUCACCGCUAUAGUUGGAACAUGCAGCCCUGCAUUAUCCAUGUUUACUUGAGACAAUUACAAAA